AUCGCUCGCUUUAAUGGUGAGCAUAGGAAUCGUACAAUGUGAUCCUCCAUUAAACAAUCAGUACGGAGUACCAGGAAAUUAUGCUGGCAGCAAUAACAACAACAAUAACAACAACAACCACCACAACCAUGGUUCCUCGGGUACAAAUGACUUUGGCAAUCACCAUUAUGACAACGGAAAUGACAACGAUUACGUCGAUCAGCCGAUGUCCUAUGAAUUUGGUUACGCAGUGAAAGACCAGGCAACCGGGAAUGAUUUCGGUAGACGCGAGACUAGCGAUGGUGAAACCGUGCGAGGAGAAUACAGAGUCCAACUACCUGAUGGUAGGACACAAAUAGUGACUUACACUGCAGAUUGGAGGACGGGUUUCCACGCAGAUGUCAGAUAUGAGGGAACAGCGACCUAUCCUGAUCAGUACAACACACAAAACAAUGGUUACAACAACAAUAACAACAACAAUAAUAACAACAAUAAUAAUAAUAAUGCUUACAAUAACAACAAUCAAGCUGGUGGUCAGAAUUUUGGAUACCCGGGUACAAAUAAUAAUAAUAAUAAUGCUCCUACUGUGUACAAUGGAGGAAAUAAUGGAGGAUACAACUAUCAACCACCCUCUGGUAACUACAACAAUGGAAACAAUUAUCAGUACCCAUUCGGUUCCAACUCUCUGGACAACAGUUUUAACAGUCUUGGUGGUCGCAAUAAUUACAACACACGAGUUCCAUCGACGACGUAUGGUCCAGCUUUUAAGUGACCUAGUAUAAUUCCAAUUAGCAUAGAAUAAGAAACGUCCUAUAAGAUUAGCUCUUUUGUAAUAAAACAGUUGUUUAAUUUGUACUGGCGUCUUGUAAUUUCCCCAAUCGUUUGCUAUGAGCGAGUCCUGUUAAAAGAAAAUAAUUUCAUAUUGCAAUAAAAUUUGAUAGAAUUAAAAUCGUUUUUACUUUGAUUCAAGAUAACAGAUAGAGAAAGAUGUGAUCAAUGCAGGAAAUAUAAAUGCCUUCAGGUGUAUCCCAGAGGUUCCUUCAUUACAUAAAUAAUAAUACUUCAUCGUGACAAGCUGUAUAAUUAUGGAUUUUCCCAUAGCCGGUGAAAUCGAUCAUUAAUGGAGCGCGUAUCGGGUUGAUGCAUCAAGUAGGAAGAAUGAAACUCUAUUUAAAAAGCGCUACGUACUCGGUGAACAAAAAUAACAAAUACUUGAACCUGUCGCAACAUGUAAAAUAAUCGUAAUGGACGCUGUUAUAUUAUGACACCAGGAAGCCCAGUUUCGUGCUCGAGGAGACACUUUCUCUGAUACUAUAAUAUCUAAAUUACUGACGAAGCUUCGACAGCCAUAACCGUUCUAAAGUACACUUGACGUUUAAAGUUCUGAAAAAGAUGUUUUUAUUAAAUCUUACUUGAAAUUCGUGAGAAUAUUGUAUAAUUGCUAUGCUGUAUUAAUUACUUCACUUUGUAAAAAAGGAGAGAAAGUAUUAUCCAUGAAAAUUGGGUACCUCUAUCUUAAUUAGGUAAAAGUUGUAGCAACUGUUAUUUCAAGGGUGAUUAAUUAAUCGUUUUACAUUGUGUGAAUAGGUUAUGUACAUUAUACUGAUACAUAACAAGACUUCUUUUUAAUUAGUACCGUUAAUGGAUAUAAGGAUCUGGGAAUGCAGAGAUCUGGGGAUAAGAGAGGGGAGCAUCUGGGGAUACAAGGUUUUGAGAAUACAAGGAUGUGGAGAUAUAGGCAUUUGGGAAUUUGGGAAUACAGGAAUAUAGGAUACAAAGGUUUACACUAUCUGACUGUCUAGUAAUCUAAGGAUUUAGAGAUAUGAGGAUGUAGUCAUUUAGAUAGCA